GCGCCCAGACAAGAGGCGGACCAUGGGAUCUGGUAUCCUCAUACUUACCAUUUGGAUUCUAUACAUAUCACUGGCUGAAUGCUGCUUCGAUGACAUGCGUCCUUAUAUCGACAUAAGAUGUUAUGUAAAGGGGAAUUUACUCCGGCCAUGUUCGACUGGGACAUAUCUAAAUCUUAAUACAUGUGUUUUCGAACGGAUACCAAGCCAUACUGUCAUAGAUCACAGGCCGGAAUGUGAUCGGGUACUGUUUGGUGAAACAGUCCAUGUUUCCAGCGGACACAGUUCCCACAGUUCUGGUGGAUCAGGGGUUAUACCUUCUGUCCAUACGACUGCAUCACAUGUAGAUCAACAUAAUUUAUGCCUCCAUAACCAAACAUCUUACAGAGAUGUUUUCAACAAUGCAGAAAAAGAGAACUGUCUUUCACCUUAUUCGGUAUUUAUUCAAUUGGAUCACCUGCGACGAACUGAUCAUAUUUGUGCAACAACAUUAGUGAAGAAAAUGUCAAGUCUAAAUCUGCACAGCUGUACGUGUUCAGAUAGACAUAUACUUUACCAUUACCGUACAACUCAAACCUAUGACAAUAGUUGUAGACAAGACCAUAACUUCCAAGAAAUAAUGAACACGUACUUCACUAAUCUACCUUCCCAUUACACUGGUUCAACCAUACAGUGCCAGACUCGUAAUAAAGUCUGGGGUGAUCUUCUCCGCCUGAGCAAUAUGAACUCCCGAUGCCUAGAUGAUUUUAUCUCUCAUAUGAAAGCUGCUUAUUAUCAUAACCACGAGCCAAACUGCUAUCAUGCGUGCCAAAGCUCCAUCCAGGUCACACAUUUUCCCAACCACGAACUCUCACUGGGUGAAAAAUACAAAGCUUAUAAGAAUGGAGAGUGUCUAAGUGAACACACGGUUUGGUCAUUCCUUACUUUUGAAUAUGGAUAUCCAAAUCACAUGAACAGGCAGACGGUUAUACAACAGAUGGCAGCUCUUUUUCCAAAUGGUACAGACGAUAAGUGCUCUUGUACUAAAGCAUUUGAUCUACAUUAUGCUGGCCUUACAGAUCAUACUACUUUGAACUGUGCAAAAUAUCAACAUAGUUCUCAAUAUAGAGGUGCGUUAGCCCACCUCCUGGACUACCAGACUGCUGUUAGACCAACUGCUCAGAUCUGCCAUUCUCAUAUAAGCGUUUGGCGGGAACUGAAUAAUAUUUUACAACACAACCAUGAUGGCAAACGUUGCAUGCUGGAUUUGAUCAACCAUUUGCAUGAUGCUGUAUUCCGACAAGGAGAUCCAUGUUCUUGCCACGCUGUUUCUUCGACUACAAGGACAACAAAGGCUACAACACAACCUUCAACAGCAACAUCCACAACAACUACUGCACAAGCGACAACAACUACGACCCCAUCACCUUCAACAACGACUACCACCACUACAACAACAUUACCAUCGACAACAACAACAACACCAGCCGCAACUUCAACCACAAGUAAACAAACAACAAUCAUCGCGUCAACAGAAACACCAAUAAAUAUUUAUUCCACAAUUACGUCUUCAAUGUAA